AAGUGGAAUUAUGGAGCUCGGCCGCUAGGGAGUGGAUGAGUACAUUUCUCUGCCUGUUUUUCAGCUCGGGAGGGGAAGACAGACAGGAAUGAAAGCUUUUCCUCAGAGUUGAGGAGCAGGUUGGGCUUUCGGUCGCGAAUGAACGAUAACAGACCGACCGGCGAACAAGAGGAGUUUAUCGAAAACCGCUUCCAUACUUUACAAACAGCCGCGCGAAUGGAGACGAGGGCAUGAGGCGGAAUAUGUGUAGACUUUGUUUGGAGCGAGACAUGAGUCUAGGAUACUGAUUGGAGUUGACACAAGCCCAGCUCCAGUAGCAACUCUAUCCAUACUUCACCUCCAACCCCCUCCUUCACUCCGCAACCAGGAAAUCAUCGUGCUGUGCUGCUUAUCCUUCUUCCCACAGAUUAAACAAAAACGCCAAACCCCUCCGUGGGUUCAUCCAUGAGGAUCUCGUCGGUUUCUCUUGUGUUUUCGCCUCUGGAAGUUCGGCUUUACGUCUGAAGAGGAUCCGCGCUAUCGUCGAACAAUGAGUGAGUCAAGUAUCUGUCAGGCACGAGCCACUGUGAUGAUCUACAAUGAUGCCGAUAAGAAGUGGGUCCCGGCAGGCAUGGGUGCCCAAGCUUUCAGCAGGGUUCAAAUCUACCACAACCCCAGCAAUAACGCCUUCAGAGUGGUGGGACGAAAGAUUCAGACCGACCAGCAGGUUGUGAUAAACUGUCCAAUUGUAAAAGGAUUGAAAUAUAAUCAGGCAACGCCAAACUUCCACCAGUGGCGGGACACUCGGCAGGUGUGGGGACUAAAUUUUGGCACCAAGGAAGAUGCAGUGCUGUUCGCCAAUGGCAUGAUGCAUGCGAUCGACGUCAUCAACUCCUUGCCUGAUGGAGGUUACCCCACACGACCCGUGUCCAAUGGACCAUCCCCAGAAGAGCUGGAACAACAGAAAAGAUUAGAACUACAGAGGAUGGAGCAGCUAGAGCGAGAAAGACAAGAGAGAGAGCGACAGGAAAGGGAAAGACAAGAAAGAGAACGACAAGCAGCUCCAGUAGUCAUUCCUCCUGCACCACCUUUGGCCCCUGGAGGUCCUCCAGCUCCCCCUGGACCUCCACCUCCUCCUGGGCCCCCUCCAUCUGGACCUCCCCCACCACCUGGACCUCCUCCCUUGGGAGGAGGAGCUCCACCUCCACCUGCUCCUCCUCUGCCCUCUUCUGGAGGAGGUGGAGGCGAGGGAGGAGGACCAGGUGGCGGUGGUCUCGCUGCUGCCCUGGCAGGUGCCAAACUCCGCAAAGUGCCCAAGGAUGAUGUUGGUAGUGGCGGAGGAGGAGGUGGCAGUAAUGGCAGCAGUGCUGCGGCCAGUGUGGCGGCAACUCCUAAAGCAGACAGCAGCCGAAACAGUGUGUCUAUGCCCAGCGGAGGAGGAGGCCUGAUGGGAGAGAUGAGCGCAAUUCUAGCACGACGGAGAAAAGCAGCAGAUAAAGGGGAGAAGGCACUCCCCAAAGCAGAGGAGCCCAGUAAUGAUGAUUCCGACACUCAAGGCCCAGGCGAAUUUAGGAGACCAUGGGAAAAAUCAGCCACCAUGCCCAGGACUAACUCAGCACCCAGAGGUCUGGAGUCACCCUCUUCCUCUAGCCCAUUUACCAGGAUGAAACCCAGUAGCCAAUCAGCAGAGCCCGAGAGUGGAGAAGGAGAGUCAGAGAUGGAACGAAUGAAACAGGAACUGCUAGAGGAGGUGAGAAAAGAGCUUCAGAAGGUUAAGAAUGAAAUCAUUGGAGCCUUUAUUCAGGAGUUACAGAAACAAGGAUCUACAUAGUCCCACAGAAAUUGAUGGGAAGGGAUCACUCGGUCCUGAGAACCCAGGGAUACACACACACACACACACACACACACACACACAC